AUGGCUUUCGGCUGGGGCGAAUCUGACGAAGCUCACCGCAAGGUGUACGGCGGCGAGAAGCACGAGGGCAAGUUCUCUCACGAGCUCAUUGCUGGUGCCGCUUCCUUUGCCGGCAUGAAGGCCUACGAGGACCACCAGCGCAAGGAGGGCAAGACUGUCAAGCACGCUUUCGCCAAGGAGGCCCUGAUGGGCCUUGUCGGCGCCGAGGUCGACAAGCUUGCCGAGAGCAAGGGCAUGGAUGAGGUUGACAAGAUCAAGGCUCGCGAGCAUGCCAAGAAGAACGCCCACCACAUGUACGAGGAGCACUACGAGCGCGACCACGGCGCUGAGGAGUACGACCCCUCCCGUUACCCUCGUCAUCCCCGCUUCGAGCAGGAGCGCCGCUGGUAA